CACUUUUUGCACAGUUGUGCAUCAUGGGUCUUUGGGCAUGCAGGUUCCAUGGGCUGUUUGCUUUGUGCAAGAUCAUCGCUUCGCGUCUACCCUGUAUUGCUGGACAUGGUCUGUUGCACAUUUUUUUUUUGUAUCACAUGGUGAUUGGGGUGAUUUGUAUAGUAUGGCAGACUAGCUUGCAGAGAAGAGUGUUGAGGACAUUGCUAUGUUGCGAAGAUCUGCAGGGUAGAUUAGUUAUUUGAAUUUGUACACUGCAGAGAGCCUUGUCU